AUGGACAACGAAAAGGUCGGUUUCCUCCGGGUUUGUCAGUGAUAGAUUUCAAUUGUUUGUUCAUUUUUAUCAUGUUUUUUUUCUGGAAAUAAUGAGGAAUUAGUGAGGUUUUGUUUGUUCAGCGCAGCCUCAGAAACUUUGAAAUUUAUUCAUCUCUCGGAAAUAUUUUUUUUCAAGUUUUUCUCUACGUUUUCUUCAAUCAUUGUUGUUAGAGCUCAGCCAGGUUUCAUUCCUUUCAUUCAGCUUAUCAUCAUUUCUUCAAAGCGCUCGAACACAUUCGAUUUGCGUAGUUUUGAAGGAUCGUCCUCUAAAAAAAAAUGAGUCAUUGCAAAAAACCAUUAUUUUCUUAAUGGAAGCUAAAAAAAAAAAUCGAAUUGAGAAUGAGAAAAAUGGAAGAAAAAUGAUUUCGCGUGCAAUUUCUGUUAGUUCAACUGCCUAUAGAAAGCGUGGCGACGCAUUUUUUUGCAUUUGUAUCGUUCGGAGGCUCAAAUUCGUUUCAUUUCUUGCCAGGUCGCUAAGUCUCUUUUUCAAAUUUAUUCCUAUAAUAAAAAUGUCAUCGGAACGGCAAGGGUUUCAGGUAUAACAUGAAUAUAUUCUUUUUUCAACAUUUUUGUUAUAAUUUUAAUUAUUGAUAGUAAUUUUUUUGUUGUAGGGUCUUGAGGCGUGUCUCCAAAACAGCCACCAAGUGAUGGCGUCCUCGGAAGACGAUUUGAAGGCGUUCAGAGCGAGAAAAGUCGCUUUGAUCACUGGAAUCUCGGGACAGGUCGACGAUUUUUUAAGAAUAGUGUAGAUUAAUGCAAAUGGUUCGAUAGUCCAAAAGAGGAUCUUUCAACUUUUUUAAGCCUUUUUACGGUUUCUGUUCGGAAAGAUUCUUUUUGAAAUUUUGUCUUCAGAGUGGUUUUAAAACAGACUUGGAAAGGCCUUCUGAAAAACAAAAAAUGUUUGCAGGACGGUUCUUACCUCGCCGAAUUGCUGCUUUCCAAAGGCUACAAGGUCCACGGAAUCAUCAGAAGAUCUUCCUCAUUCAAUACUGCUCGAAUCGAGCAUUUGUACAGUAAUCCCAUCACUCACCAUGGUUCGUUUUCCUGAAUAAACGUGCUCAUUCGGCGAUUUCUGCUUCCCAGCUUUAGAGUUCUCAAAACAGUUUUUCUUCAAAAAAGAAUUUUUUUAACCGAAGUUCAGGGACCACAAAAUUGAAUAAGUCAUGGGUUGCUUGAAAAAUCUCAAAAAAACGUUUAUGAUCAAUUUUUCAGGAGACUCGACGUUUGCACUUCACUAUGGAGACAUGACUGAUUCUUCCUGUUUAAUCAAGCUCAUUUCGACCAUUGAGCCAACAGAAGUCUACCAUUUGGCUGCCCAAUCGCAUGUCAAGGUGAAAAAGGGAAAAAAAAGUUGAACUUUCUCGAAGAGAAUGAAUGGAAAAGUGUGUUGGUUUAAAAAUCAAGAAGUAAGUAAUUUUCAAGAAUUGAAUGCGUAAAUUCAUCAAAUCAGCUUUGGGAUUACAAAAACGGAAAGCACAUCAUUUUUGUGAGCUGACUUGUGUGAUGUUUUUUGCUCGAUGACGAAAAAGACGUUUCCCCUUCCAAUAAGAAAAGUACAAGUGAUGAAACUCAGAACAAUAGUUUCAACUAAAGAAGUGUUUCUUGGUGACGUUUCUUCACAAAGAAACUCUACAUAGAGAGUCUAAAAAAAUAUCGACUCCAUAUAUCUUGCCAUACAUUUUAACUAAUCAUGAGUAAUAAGGCAAUAAUGAGUUAAAAGAGACUUUUACUGGACUUUUCUUUAUUUCCAGGUCUCGUUCGACUUGCCGGAAUACACCGCGGAAGUUGAUGCGGUCGGAACUUUGAGGCUUCUCGACGCCAUCCACGCCUGCAAGCUCACUGAAAAGGUUUCAUCAGAUUGAUUGUUUCAAAAUAACGAAACAUUUUCUCAGGUCCGAUUCUACCAAGCUUCCACCUCUGAACUGUACGGAAAGGUGCAGGAAAUUCCACAGACUGAGAAAACGCCCUUCUAUCCCAGAUCUCCUUACGGUGAGACUUUAAGAGAUCUGAAACAAAAAUUACAAAAUUGCAUGAGAAAAAUAUGCACAGCUACGACUAGUUUAUUUGUAAUUUUUUUAAAAUCGCUACUAACAUGUUUAAAAACUGAUUUAAAAAGAAAUUUGAAUAUUUCAAAACACUAUCUUAAUCGAAUGACAAAGAUUUUAAUGACAAGAAUUCUUACUAGCAAACCAGAAAAAGCUCAAAUCGAGAAAGUUAAAAUCUUCAAAAUAAGACUAAAGAAGAAGAGAAAUUUUCCAGUUAAAGGCAUAGGGGCAGUUAAAAACGUGGUUUCAGGUGGAAGCAGCAUCUUAUAUAGUUUUUUAUUGCGAAUCGAAUGGUGUACUCAAAAAAAUUACAGAUGUGACAACUUUAGAAGAAAAACGCGAUUUUGCUUUCCCGCCUUUAAUUUUAAAAAAUGCUUUGGAUCGGCCUACGGACAAAUGUUUACAGUAGCCGUGCACGCGAUGUUGCGGACGUCUCAUUAGACUCGCAUUUUGUGUGAAAUAACCGGAUAUCUGCUUCAAAUUAAGGAUUUCAACUCUGAAAAAUUGACUAACAACACAAAAAACACACACCGAUAACAAAGAAAACACAAAUAAUCGCUAUCCCAAUCGAAACAUGUGUAAAAUCAUCAUUUUUCACCAGAAAAGCUUUUUUGCGAUCAAAGUUUGCAAAUUAUACAUGAAUAGAAAGCUUUUGUGACGAAAAGAACUUUGGUGACAACAGAAAAAAUUGAAAAUUGAAAGAAACGAAGAAAAAAGCGAAAAUCCGGAAGAUGGCGAAGCCUGUUGUCUAUAGAGCAACUUUACUGCAAGGCGCCCUUUUCGCGGAAACUCAAGCUUUCUUUUCUCCGACUUUGAAUUAUUUUUUCUCCAAAACUAGGAAUUUCUGUACAUUUCCAAGUUCACCGUUCGAUUCGCAAUGAAAAGCUCUACAAAGUACUGCUUUGAACUGAAACACCGUAUUUUACUGCCCCUAUGCCUUUAAGAAAGUCAAGUUCACAAAAGACUCAAAUGGCAACUUUUAACAUAUACUCAGAGAAAUGUUGAGUGAAGCAGUUGAAUAAUUCAGGCAAAAAAUUAUUUAUGAAAUAAUUUUCUUCUUGAAAAAAGCUCUCAUGUUGAGAGAUGCAUAAAUUUGAAAAAUUUUUCACGAAACUUAGUUGGAAAUUUUUAAAAUUUCAGCCGUUGCGAAGAUGUACGGCUACUGGAUCGUCGUCAACUACCGCGAGGCCUACAACAUGUUCGCCUGUAACGGAAUUCUCUUCAACCACGAAAGCCCGAGAAGAGGUGGAAUUGGAUCAAUAUUCUAUCAAUUAGAUCAUACUUCAGGUGAAACUUUCGUGACGAGAAAAAUCACGCGCUCCGUGGCGAAAAUCAGCCUCGGACAACAGGAUUCCGUCGAACUCGGAAAUUUGGACUCGCUGCGUGAUUGGGGACACGCCAAGGAAUACGUUGAGGUGAAAAACUAUUAUUUAUCAGUUCAAAAAUCAAUCUUCCGGUAACAAGUGAAUUGAAACUUAUUAUCGACGCUAUCACAUAAUUAAGGGAUUUUUAAAACUUUCAUAGACAUUUUUCAAAUUUUUUCAAGUCCGAGUUUAGUUAUUUUGGAAAUAUUUCAAUGGAUUUUUUUUUUGAGUAUCUUCAAAUUCAAUUUUAUUCCAAGUUAUGGGAUAUUCGGAUUCAAGGCUUAUUGUGAAGGGAAGUAGACAGUUCUCAAAAACAAAUCAGAAAGUUGACUUUCUGUGGAAUUUUCUCAUCGUUCUGUUCUUGGCCAAAAAGAAAUCGAAGAUAAGUAUAUCAAUCUGCAAAGUCAAGCAGUUUUUAUCUUUUCAUUUUUCCUUCUGCGCUUUCAAUCUUCACUCUUGAAUAACUUUUUUAGUUUAAAAUUCCAUUUCAGGCCAUGUGGCGAAUUCUGCAACACGACGAGCCCGACGACUUCGUAAUCGCCACCGGAAAACAGUACACCGUCAGAGAAUUCUGCAACUUGGCUUUCGCUGAGAUUGGAGAAGAGCUUGUGUUCGUUUUUUAAGUUCCAACAAAGGGAUGAAGAAUGAGAGCGAAAAGUUCGGAGUUCAACAGUUUGAGGAAAUAGAAAGGCAAAAAGCGGUUAAAAAAUAGAAUCUUAGGGAAAUGAAAUUAAAAAACUGUAAAAUUGACUUUUUAUUAUUACUUCUCCAUGUCUUUUUUUGAUGGUAGGAAGGAAUUUUGGGUCCACGAAUAUUCGUGAGCGUUAAUUGUGCAUACACCAAUCUUGGAGGCUCGAAUCUUUGAAAAUUUGAAUCUUUGAAAACGAUUCUUGGGAAUAUUCACCUCUUUUCUGAUUUUUUAUAAUUUUUCCAAUUUUUUUUGUAAAUGGAAGUUGAUGGAGAAUGUACACAGAGUUAAUGAAAAUGUGGUAGGCGUUCUGCAGCGAAUCUUUGACUACGUCUAUGCGAGAAAGACGCAUUAUUUGAUAAAAAGUUAGUUGAAAAAAAUCACACAGUGUUCAUUUGUGUUCGAAACACGACAUCCUCACGAUAGAACGACAAAGGAAAAAAAUGAAGGAAAUAAAAAAAGAUUGAGAUUCAAAAAAGAGGUGAAUAUUCACAAGAAUCGUUUUCAAAGAUUCGAGCCCCCAAGAUUGGUGUAUGCACAAUUAACGCUCACGAAUAUUCGGGAACCCAAAAUUCCUUCCUACUAUCCUUUUUUUAACGAUCGCUCAUAAAAGUUCACAAAGUUUGAAGUUUCAAGCUGUUCAUCUGAAAAACGAAAAACGAAAUGGAAUAUUUUCAACUAUGAAUAACUUUUCUUCUAGUCACAUCCUAAUAUAAGAGAAAAACUAUUGAAUUUUUCAGUUGGGAAGGCGAAGGUGUGAACGAAGUCGGCAAGUGCAAAGAGAAAGGCAUUGUUCGUGUCAAAGUCAGCCCCAAGGUAAAAAGAGAGACUGUAGUUCCAAUUGAUUUGUUCUCUUCAGUAUUACCGACCGACGGAAGUCGAAACUUUGCUUGGCGACGCCACAAAGGCCAAAGAAAAGCUCGGAUGGGUCCCUCAGAUCGAAGUUCCGGUUAGAAAUACUCUUCGUUCUUAAGAGAAAUAUAAUUCAAACCAAUUCCAGGAACUCGUCAAAGAAAUGGUUGCCAGCGACAUUCAGCUGAUGAAAUCGAAUCCGAUGGCCUAA